GCUUUAUGUACAGUGUUCUCCAUUGUUGUUGUAAUUUAAAUGCUAUUAUUCCAUUUAAAAUGCUAUUAUUCGUUAAAAAAUGUUCGCUAAGUGUCGUGAUGCGUUCAUGAGCGUCGUUAAUCCCAGCCUCUCCUCGGACCGCAGCAGCAGCCCAGAGAUUCCCUCCGCCAGCAGCAGCAGCAGCAGCAGCAGCAGCAUCCAUUAAAGGGUCACUGUUCGGAUCCCCACAUUUCCUCUCCCCUUUCUUGGACCCACCGCGCCCCCAGUAGGAUGUCGGUACACGGUGAGGGUUUGUCGGGGAGAGCCGAGGCCAGAGGACGCCUCCUCCGCGUGUUUUUUCGAGCGUGACUGGAAGGCAGCGAUAAUGGACGUGGUUCUGAGGAGACAAAUCAAAUUCUGAAUUUCUCCGGGAUUAGCGGGCUAACGCUAGCCCGGCUAGCGAGCCCUUCGCCCGGCGGCAGUUCUCUCCUCUCCCUCCUCUAACAGCUAUGCUGUUUUCCUCCAAGAUAAAAAAAACUCCUUGUUGCAUUUUUUUUUUUUAUUGACAUGAAGACAUGUUGGCGUCAUUCCUGUCAAGGAGAAACCAUCCCAACGGUUUUCUAGCCUCCCAGCGGCAGACGAGUUAGCCGUGAGCAUCAAUAACCUUCACUUUUCCCCCCUUUCUAUCCUUCAUUUUCCUCUGGUUUAUCCGUGAAGAUGCUGGCAGAGAUGGAGAGCGUCUAACGGUGAAGCCAUUCCAUGAAGGUCAUGAUACUGAGAGAAUGAUCAUGCUGGAAAAACAGGAUGAAGGAACCAUCAGGCCAUGCCUCCAGCUAGGAGAUCUUUUCUCUUGAAGCUGUUCUGCUGCAUUAACAGCGUCUCAGAUGAACGGACCUCUUGUGUACCUGCACCGCCCGUCCUGUCAUUGUGAAGCCGCAGGAAGCGGAGCUGCAGAGCUCGACGCAGGAGAUCGGCGAGGAGGCGGAGGAGGAUGCCAUCUUCACCAUCACGCUGAGGAAGAUGCAGCUCCACCAGUCAGCCAGCAAGGGCCAGCGAUGGCUGGGCGUGGAUACAGACUCCGCCCUUAGCCUCUACGAGACGUGCAAGGUGCGAACCAUUAAGGCCGGCACGCUGGAGAGGCUGGUGGAGUACAUGGUGUCGGCCUUCAGGGGCAAAGACUCCACCUACGUCACCAUCUUCCUCUGCACCUACCGAUCCUUCGCCACCACCAAGCAGGUGCUGGAUCUCCUGCUCAACAGGUACGCCAAGCUCCAGAAUGUUCCUGCUGCUUCUGCACACAGAGUCUCCCAGGACGACUGCACAGAGCUGAGAAACACGGUCUCGUCCAUCCUGGGUGCGUGGUUGGACCAGUAUUCCGAGGACUUCUGGAGCCCUCCGAACUACGAAUGUCUGCACCAACUCCUGGCCUACCUUCACCUCCACUUCCCCGGCUCGGACCUGGAGCGUCGCGCCCGCAACCUGCUAGCCCACUUCCACCGCCGACAGCAGUGUGAGCCUGAUCCCGAUGGGGAAAACAUCGGCUGCCCUUUCGCUACACAGGAAGAGAGCGGCUUUGAGGACGAACUUCCUGCUUUCAGCUUCCUGUCGUUUGACCCCAUCAUGGUGGCGGAGCAGUUCACGCUCAUGGACGCGGACCUGUUUAAGAAGGUGGUGCCGUACCACUGCCUGGGGGGUAUCUGGUCUCAGCGGGACAAGAAAGGCAAGGAGCACCUGGCUCCCACAAUCAGAGCCACUGUGGCCCAGUUCAACUCGGUGACCAACUGUGUGAUCACCACCUGCCUGAGCAACCCGACGCUGAAGCCCAACCAGAGAGCCCGGCUCAUCGAGAGGUGGAUCGACGUGGCACGGGAGUGUCGGAUCCUGAAGAACUUCUCCUCUUUGCGAGCUAUCCUGUCUGCCCUGCAAUGCAACGCCAUCCACCGCCUGAAGAGGACCUGGGAUGAAGUAUCUCGGGAAAGCGUCAGAACCUUCCGCGAGCUGUCGGAAAUCUUCUCCGAUGACAAUAACUAUUCCUUGAGUCGAGAGCUGCUGGUGAAGGAGGGCACCUCCAAGUUUGCAACUUUAGAAAUCAACCCCAAGCGAGCUCAGAGGAGACACCAGCAGCAGCGAGACCUGGGAGUCAUGCAGGGGACCAUCCCUUACUUGGGGACAUUCCUGACGGACCUGGUGAUGAUGGACACUGCCAUGAAGGAUUACACAGAGGGCGGUCUGAUCAACUUCGAGAAGAGAAGGAAGGAGUUUGAGGUGAUCGCUCAGAUCAAGCUGCUCCAGUUGGCCUCCAACAACUACAGCUUCACUCAGGAAAGCCACUUCAGAGAGUGGUUCGCAGCCGUGGAGAAACUCAGUGAGGCAGAAAGCUACAACCUGUCCUGUGAGAUUGAGCCUCUCUCCGAGUCGGCCAGCAACACGCUCAGAGCCAAGAAGAACGGAGGAAUCAUGAAACGAUGGAGCGACCGCCAGUUGACGGAGGCUGGCUGCAGCGGUGGCGCAGGCUCCCAUUCCAAGUCCUUCGACCACUCCCACUACAGACCGUGCCAAGGAGGAGGCGGGGACAGCGGCGACGCCCUCAGCGUCACGUCCGUCAGCUCCAGCGGCUCUGACCUGGAGGAUGUGAACACCAGCUUCCUGUCAGAUUCACCGGAGGGACACGAGAGGAAGACGUCGACUCCUUCAGUGAAGCUCACCGUCUCUGCUUUGGGGAGAGAAGCUCCAGCUGCAGAUGCGACCUCAACGUGUCCUCCUCAGUUCUGGGAGUGCACGUCCCUGUCCUCUCUGGACACCUCCGGGAUGGGAUCCAGCUCCGGCUCUGCCUCGGGCUCCAGCAGCACCUCCUCUUCCUCCGUCUCCUCCUCCACGCCGCUGUCUGCCUCCCGCUCGCACAAACGGUCGGUGUCGGCAGUGUCCAACUACUCGACGCUGUCGCUGCCGCUCUACAACCAGCAGGUGGACGACUGCUGCAUCAUCCGCGUGAGCCUGGAUGUGGAGAACGGCAACUUGUACAAGAGCAUCCUGGUGACGAGUCAAGACAAAACUCCGGUGGUGAUCAGGAAAGCCAUGAUCAAACACAACCUGGAGCGGGAGAAAACCGAGGACUACGAGCUGAUGCAGAAGAUCUCAGAGGACAAAGAGCUCCGGAUCCCGGACAAUGCCAACGUUUUCUACGCCAUGAACUCCACUGCCAACUAUGACUUUGUGCUGAAGAAGCGCGGCUUGGCCCGGCCAGUGCGGGCCAAGACUGUGGCCAGUUCAACGCUGCCCCGCAUGAAACAGAAGGGACUGAAGAUCGCUAAAGGGAUUUUCUGAGGUUGGUCACUCUCCACCUCCUGGACUCCCAGACUCCCCUCCCGUCUCCACACCUCAGGAGAGAUGAACUUGAAGUGUCCACGUUGGACAGAGCCGGAGACGUGACCUUUCUGUGUCGCUCUAGCACUUAACUGGAUGUGUUGUACCUUCAGGACUUUAAAAAUCUGAGUUUGUUUUCAUAAAGCUACAAACUCAGGAAAGUGGGACAUAUCCAUGUGGGAAAACUUUUGUGUUGGAAAAUACUCGUACUCUUCAUCACCCUCCGCCCGGUUUGAAUGAAACAUUUGAAAUCCUGAUGCGUCACAUUUUGUUUACAAGCGUUUACAUCUCAGCAUCAGCGGCUCUCUGUUCAACCCUUUUUUCUCAACGAGGGAAUCUUUGCACCUUCACGUUUUAAUCCGGAGUCUCCUCGUACUUGGAUCCUACUUUUCUGUCAUCAUCCCAAGACGGACAGAUCACACCAGAGAACCAGAUGCAGGGAGCGCAGCUCGGUGUUUCCCAACGUGCUACAGUUUUCUUACAGAGCUUCAGUCCCAGGAUUUCAGCUCUGUCUGCAGAACAUGGAGAAGAAGAACGCUGCAGUGUUCCCGAAACGGAAAAAAGCUCCUAAUGGAGUCAAAAUCCAGUGAACACAGCCUGUUUCUGUCUUUUAUUACCGGAUCGUAACCACUACAUGGUGGAGGAGGCUGCAGCGAUCCUGUUUCACACAAACCGAAUGUAAAUAUGAACAACACAUCGUGUGCAGUAUGUUCUGAAAAAGGACCCUGUGAUUUCUUUUAAUAGACUCAUGAUAUCAACACUUUUUAAUCUGUUUAUUUUGCUGUGCGUGUUGUUUUUGGUUGUAUUUUUGCAUCUCUGCUCUGUUACGGUGCUGUUUCUCAUCUUUCUGUGAAGGUCGCACGAAGCUGCGUCUCACGAUUCGCCUUCGUCCUGCAGAACAGGGGUCUCCAACUUCAGACCUCAUUUGAUUCAGCCGUGAUGGAGCAGGACCGAAGUUCUGGAGGACUGGAGGUGGAGACCCUGGCUGCAGACCACGAGGCACCAUGUUGGAAGAAAAAAACACUAUCAUCAGUUUUAGAAAUGUGAAUCUGGAGCCAGUUUCUGCAAGGAAAUAAAUAAGUACCCCAAUAGAAUAAUGAAUUAGUUGGUUAAGAUUAUAUGUGUUUGCUUGCUCACUAAAAAUAUAAAUAAAUCUAUAAGAAUUUAUUCAGUGCAUCAGGAAAUAAUUCAUUGGUCAAAUAGACCCUAACAUGAGUGAACUCAACAGCAAACCAAUCAGCUUGUCUAAAGCAGGUUUAGCCCCACCCACUGGCUUUCAUUGGCUGACAGUUUAGAUAAAUUCAUGAUAUGCUACAAUAAAAAUAAUUAUGAUUUUAAAUUAUCUGAACUUUUUUUGUCCUAAACAAAGUCAGGGUUGAAAGUAAAAGAUUUGACUAAGUUUGGAUCAUUUUUCUAUGAGCAGCACUGAAGGCUGAUUUUCCUAAUUAAUUCAUUCUAGUUUAUUUUGAAUUGGAAUAAUCCCUCUGUGUGCUGAAACCCUGGAAAAACAUCAACAUUGAUCAGGUCUCUUCCUGAGAAUCCUCAAAACGUCGCUGGUGUUUCGGUUUCUUCCAACAUGGCAGCUCAACCUUUCACAUCCGUUCAGCGACAACUUUCCAAAUGUGCCAGAACCGGCCCACGUGCCGCAGAUUUAUCCUGCCGGAUGUUUUAGGCUGGGAUCAGCUUUGGUUUCUCUGAAUGCAGCCGAAUCGCUCCGUGGAAGUGUUCACGUGUACAAACACACACGGAAAACUCAAAGUAAUGUUCGGGCAUAAGAUGAAUGUGAAUCCCGGAAGAACGACAGUGACGCCGCCGAGCAUCUACCAAGGAAAAGUCCUACCUACAGCGCUUUUCUCUGUCCUUUCCUGAUGCUUUCCAGGUGUCUUUGAUCCACAUUUCUUUUCUUCCAAUGAGCACUGUGUUACGUCACUUUUAGGGUUUCCAUCACUCGUCACAGUUAAACUGACUCAGUUGUUCCUCGCUUCACACAAAGGCAGCGUCCCUUUGACAGCUUCCUUCCAUUUUGUUCUGUUUUUGAGCCCUAAAUAGAAAACAUCUCUGUCUCUGCAUCUGAACUGUGUUUUAAUUUGAUGCCAAGCAGCUACUUUUGAGGUGUUGUUGUUGCACAGCAUUCUGGGAAUUGCAGGAAAGCACUAAAAACCUUGAAAGGUUGGAUUUCUCCUGUAGAGAACACUAAGUGGACUCACGCCUCUGCGACUGUUUUUGGGUUUUUUUUUUUGGCCCAUUUUAUUUGUGCAUGUCGUCCAUCAUCACCUUAACGAUCAAACGAAUGAACACAAACUGGCAAACACACAGCAAAAGCAAUAUGUUGAUGAGCAGCAGGCGGGACGCCGUCCAGCUGCGUUCGAUGUUGUCGUGAAACACUGUGACCUUUGACCCCUUCGCUCUGCCCUCUCCGCCCAUCGAUCGGCACUGUGAACCAAACCGUUUCCCGUUUGUUGUCGUGAUGAACGGUCGCUCGUGUUUUCCAACAUGUGCCAAAAACGCGAGAGAGAAACAGAAGAAGCGUCUGCCUUUCAGCGUCACUUCGCGGGAAGUAAUUCAGUUUAUCUGAGGGGAAACACGAGAACACUAAGGGAUGGACACUUUCACCUUGUUUGUCCAGGAAACUUGAAGCAAGCAUGUUGGCAGAUUGAAACUGAUGCAGAAACUGAACUUUGGUGAAUUUAUCCAUUUUAUUUGUUUAAUUUACUCUGACCAAAACCCUUCAUAUCAGAAGAAAGCUAAAAUCUAACGCAUUACAAAAGUGAACCUUUGUAUUUGGCUCCUCUUAUUUUUGUUAUUCUGAUUUGUGUUCACAUGAUCACCUUCGAUCUCUCUUGGUUUGAAACUGGACCUUUAAAUGCAACAAGAAGUGUGUGAAUAUAGCUGUUCUGUUGCUUGUGGAGCUGCUGUGGAUGAGAAAUAUUUAACCAAAUUCUUUAUGUCCUUGAAAAGGAGGCAAGUUAUUAUUUGUCCUGAUGUUAACUUGAGUAAAAAGAGCUGAGUGUUUCACUUCCUUUUAAUAAUAACCAAGUAGAUUUUAGCUGAAAAGUUGAAGAAGAGCAGAUUUUGCCAAAUACUUUCAGUAUUUGUCUGAAAACAAACUAAAAAAGCUUCUUGACUGUUAAUCUUCCCAAACUCGUCUUAAACUCUCCUUCCUUGUUUUGUUUCUGGUUCGAAACAAUCCGAGUUUCUGCAGCAGUUCCCUGUCUGCUCGUGUUUUCCCAGAGAGCCGAGUGUCUGACGCUCCGAUUAGUCUCUGACCCCGCGGGGUCGAUGUCAUGGACCGUGCGUGUAUGUGUGUGUGUCGUUGUUGCCCUUGUUGAAAAUGAAUUUUGUGAUCCUGUGCGAAUUUGGGGGGAAAAAAAUUACUCAGUUUUAAAUGAAGGAAAAAAACUAACUGGAAACAGGUUUGUGGUUGUUUCUAUCCUUGUUGUUUUUUCCUUGGAUUUCUGCUUCUGUGCCAUUUUUCCACUCUCAACUGAAGGAUUUGAAACCUUUCUUACUGCAGUUUCUCUAGUUUUACUUUUUUUCCUCAAGAACAAAAACCCCUGUGUUGACAAACUGUCUUUGGUUGUGUCUUAUUUAUUGAUUUGUAUAUAAAGAUUUUGUUUUGCAAUGUACAUUCUCUUCUCUCUUGGUUAUAGAUUAAUAUAUUCAUGUAUAUACGAAUAAACAUUAAGUUUGUAAAGUUAAAAUGA